AUGGUAAGUGCAUAUAUGUACAUAUUUAUAACAUUAAUUUAAUUUAUUCUGACCUGAGGCAAUCUACAGCAUGUUUUUAUAGAGUUUUAAUAGCAAGUCGAUCAAUUUUUAGAAAGAAAGUGAUAUGGAAAAGUUUGUCAUAUAUAGCUAAUGGCCAGAUAAACAAAAUUUCAAAUAUACAUUGUCAGAAUUGGCAAGCAAAGAUAUUAUAUAAUAAAUUUGAAUCGUCACAGUCUGACUGUGACAGUCAUCAUGCUGUCAAAGUUUGAAUCCACAUAGCAAUGCCAAACAUUUAUCCAACUACUGUUGAAAUUUAUUAUCUGUUCGUACUUACGUGUAUUGAACUUUUAACUCUCUUUAAUAAUCGCCAAAUAUUUCCUGAAUUAUAUAAAAUACGCUCAAAAACCAUAGCUCUUGCUGAUUUCUUAAAAUUCAAAUUUGCCAUUUGCAGCGUUGCUAUGCAACGAACGCCUGGGAGGCGUAAAUAUGGGCGUAAACGAGGGCGAGUUGUUUGGCGCAAAAAUUAAUUGAAUUAAUAUCGUUUCCUGAUUUUCAAAAAAGUUUUAGUUUAAAUUUGUAUUCAAUAGAUUUCUUGUCGUGCAAUUUUCCUAAGAAAUCAAACUUUUGGUUGCAUCUUUAAAAUCCCGAUAAUUUUGUAAAACAAAGUAAGAAACAAUGUAUAUAAAUAUUGACAACCGUGCGGUAUAGACACUAAUUUUCGUUAUAAAGUGCAAAUUAGUGCCGAUGUUGUUUUUUUUUGUUUUUUUUGGGGGGGGGGGUGAAAACAAAAAUUUGGUGUCAAAAUUUUUUUUCCGUACUAUGCAUGCUAAAAAUGUAUUCUCGCAAAACAAAACCUUAACAUUUUUUUCCGGAAAUUUCUACCUUCCCGCUUGCUAUCUUUCCCAAAUUUACCUAUUUAGUUCUUUAAUUGUUGUAUUACGAUUUACAAGAAAAACUACAGUAUAACAGUAAUAACUAUAGUGCAAGGUUUAAAAUAUUUCUGCAGGACAACGAGUUAACUGUAACAGAAGAUGCAAAAUUAAGCAAAAAUGAGAAAAGAAAGCUCUCUAAUAGAAAAGCUGUCAAGAAAUACAGAGCUAAGAUGACCGCGACAGCGGUAGAUUUUAAGAAGAAAGAAAGUAAACGAGUUGAAGCAUGUAGGAAAAAGAGAGUGAACAAUAUGUCAGCUGAGGAAAAAUCAGAAUACAAAAGAAAGGCUGCCGAAAGGAAGAGAACAUCGCGACAGAAAAAAUCAGAAAAUAGUACAGGCACAUCCGCAAGUAGUCCACCUUCAACCAGUACUUCCACACCAACGUCAACUCCCCAAAAUCCAUACAAGCGUCCUCAGAGCUUUGGAAAGACAAUUCGUAAGUCACUGAGAUCCCUGCCUGCAUCUCCAAACAAGAGACGAUGCGUUGUAGAGGGUUUGGCAAAGCGUAUUGGCCUUGCGUUAGACGAAGAGAUGUGCGCAGCUGUGGGACCAUGCGGAAGACCAGCAGUUUCCGAUGAUGUUGUGGCUUCAGUCACUCAAUUCUUCUAUCGCCCAGAUAUAUCAUAUACCAUGCCUGGAAUGAAGGAUGAAAUGACGGUUUGGGAGCAAGGGCAGAAAACGAAAUUGAGGAAAUACUACUUGGUCUUGUUUUUGAGAGAAGCUUAUCAGGUUUAUAUCGAAUCUUUUGCUGGAGAUGAGCAUCAUGUAAAGUUUAGCAAAUUCUAA